UUGUUUUUUUUAGUCAGAACUGUGCACAUGAAGAGGACGGCUGCUUCUGACCACGGCCACAGAAAGGACCCUUAACUCACAUCUCCUGCCAACAGCAGACCUAAUCAUUAGUCUACACUGGGGAUUAUAUUUCUUAGUGCUUAUCAAGAGAGACCUGGAGCUGAAGGAGUAGGGCUCCUGUUCUCACUGCUAUCUUCCCUCUUGGUCAUCCUUCUGCUUUGAGAUGAACAAGGUGAGGAACUUCAAGCGCCGUUUCUCUCUGUCAGUGCCCCGGACGGAGACCAUCGAGGAGUCGCUAACUGAGUUCACCGAACAAAUCAACCAGAUCAACAACCGCCACAAUGAGGACCUGGUCCCGGACACUCUGCGGCUGCGUGCCCUGCACCCAGACCACAGCCCCCUGCCCUGUGAAGAGAGCACCCAGUCCCCCACACAGCUGCGGUACCACAGCCGCCACCAGCACCGCCGAUUCUCCAUGGAGGAUGUCAGCAAGAGGAUGUCCCUGCCGGUGGACAUCCGUCUCCCACAGGACUUCCUGCAGAAGCUCCAGCUGGAAAGUCCUCCAGCUUCCAAGCCCCUGAGCCGAAUGUCACGACGAGCCUCAUUGUCUGACAUUGGCUUUGGGAAACUGGAGACCUAUGUGAAACUGGACAAGCUCGGGGAGGGGACCUAUGCCACAGUCUUCAAAGGCCGAAGCAAACUGACAGAGAACCUGGUGGCUCUGAAAGAGAUUAGACUAGAGCACGAGGAAGGCGCCCCUUGUACUGCUAUUCGUGAAGUAUCGCUGCUAAAGAACCUCAAACACGCCAACAUUGUGACUCUGCAUGACAUCAUUCACACUGAUCGCUCUCUCACCCUCGUUUUUGAGUAUCUGGACAGUGACCUGAAGCAGUACCUGGACAACUGUGGGAACAUCAUGAGCAUUUACAAUGUGAAAAUCUUCAUGUUCCAGCUCCUGCGAGGCCUGUCCUACUGCCACAAGAGGAAGAUCCUGCACCGGGACCUCAAACCCCAGAACCUGCUCAUUAACGACAAGGGCGAGCUCAAACUGGCCGACUUUGGCCUGGCCCGUGCCAAGUCGGUGCCCACGAAGACCUACUCCAACGAGGUGGUGACGCUGUGGUACCGGCCCCCAGACGUGCUGCUGGGCUCCACAGAGUAUUCCACGCAGAUCGACAUGUGGGGCGUGGGCUGUAUUCUGUACGAAAUGGUGACGGGAAGGCCCAUGUUUCCUGGAUCCACCGUCAAAGAGGAGCUUCACUUGAUCUUUCGGCUGUUAGGGACCCCUACAGAGGAGACCUGGCCCGGCAUCACUGCCAACGCAGAAUUCAAGUCCUACCACUUCCCCCAUUACAGGCCACAGCCCCUCAUCAACCAUGUGCCAAGGUUAGAUACAGAGGGAAUUGACUUCCUUGGGAGCCUUUUACUGUACGAGGCGAAAAGCCGAAUUUCAGCAGAAGACGCACUGAGACAUGUUUAUUUCAACAGCCUAGGAGAAAGGAUCCACUCAUUGCUGGACAAUGCCUCGGUGUUCUCUCUGCCUGAAGUGCAGCUACAGAAGGAUCCGGGAUACAGGGGAUCCGUCUUUCAGCAAGCAGCUCGUGGAAAGAAUCGCCGACAGAGUAUAUUCUAAACUCAUUACAAACGGGGUGCUGCAAGGGGUGGAGGGUGUCCUCCAUUCCAGAAGAUACAGGUCAUUUGGGAAAGAUGAGCGACUAUCGGUAACCCCCCGCUUUCCUGAGUGGGACCCCAUCAGGGGAGUGGGUUUGCAGUGGUUCAGAGGUGCAGACUGGAUUCCCCCCUAAGAAAUCAGACAAAACUCCUGUUGGUGCAGCAGCUGGGACCUCAUUACGUGCCUCGACAUCAUCUGGAAUGGAGACAGAUCAGACCCCAGCACAGGAAUAUGACUAUCAAGUCCACCUGCAAUCAAAGCAAAAACUCCUCGAUUUAGAACACAAUGUCCAAGCUCUGUCUUUUCUCAUCCCUGUUGUGCAGCAUCGAGGGAAGUUUGUCCCAGCCAGAAGCUUGCGUUUCUUUCCGCAAUGGCUGACCGUACAGAGUCCCAGGAUCGGCUGUGUACAAACAGCUCGAAUUUGUGUUUUGCUUUCAUUAGCUUUCCAUCUCAUUUUAUUAUCACAGCUCCUUCCAGGAAUCUCCAUCCCACGUAUCCUGUCUCUAAACAAGAUGCAAGCAUGCUUGUAUUCACCACUGUGUGAUGUGACAACAAGGGACAGUUGUCCAUUUUCACUUCUAGGUUACUUCUUCCAUUUCCAUUUAUAGGUGGGCAAGGAAUCUUGGCAGGCUGUGAGGAAUAUUUCUGAUAAAGCACUGCCACUGUAGCCUAUACCUCACAGUAACCCAAAGUCCUGAUUCUGGAACAACCUUGAAUACAGAGAGUUCUCUGGCUGUCAGAGUAAAGGGUGUAAAAAUAUGAUCAGAUUAUGGACAAAUGUCAAGGCCACCAUGCUCACGCCUUGCCACCAAGACAGUAUUAUUAGCCUAAUUUAAUUCAAUUUAAUGUUUACCAGAGUAUAUCACAUCAAUUGCACUGACAUUAAGAAUUUUAAAAAGAGAAGACCAUGUGGCCUAUUUAGUUUGUUUGGAAGUUAAGAGCUAAUUGAGCCAAGGAUCUCAUCCCGCCAUUUCUUAAAAGAAAUCAGGGUGUUGGCUUCAUAUAACACAUCUUAACAUAAGCAGGAUAUUGACUAUAUUACACCAAAUAUUACAAAGGUGAACUUCUGUGUCUUGUUUUUCUGGCCUGAACUACUUGUUUAGUUACUAGCAGAUUACUGAUCCAAGGAAUUUACCUAACUGUUUCUUAAAGGAUUCAAGGGAAUUUACGAAUUAAUAAUCAAAUAAUGCUUUAUAUUUGCAAAGCUAGCUAUUUUACUGGUGGUACAAAUUUUACAAGCUGCUGUAGUUCUUGGGUGAAGCACUGUACCUCUCUCACAGGUAGAACUGCUGUCUUUCCUGGCAUUUGAACACAUAACCUUCCAUUUAAUAUAAUAGCUUUAUCCAACACAGGGUCAGCCCAUGCCAGCAAGCAAAGGGUGCAAGGCAGAGUACACCCCAGACGGGAUGCCAGUCCAACACAGGGCACAUACACACACGUACACACUCGCACCAGGGCCAACUUCCCCAGAAGCCCAUUCGCCUACCAGUAUGUCUUUGGACUGUGGGAGGAAACCCACACAAACACAGGGAGAGCAUACAAGCUCCACGCAGACAGCACCUCAGAGCCCCUGUGUUGCGAGACACUAACGCUCACCACUGCCCCCACCAUCCUGACCUUUCCAGUUCCAACUCUAAAAUCCUCGCCACUGCACCACGCUGCACCCUACGUAUCUGGUUAGCUUGCUCCAGACCUCUGCUGCACUUUGUGUAAAAAGUGCAUCCCUUUUUCAGUCCGAAAUGCACAUCAUCUUCAUUUGCACUUUAGACCUUGUGAACGUAACCGUGCAUUUCCACUUGCAGACCUGCUGUCUGCAGGGACUCUUGUGCUUUUGGUUCCAUUGUGCUGCAAACCGCUUCUGCUUUUACAAAAACCGUAACUGCAACAUCCCUAGUGCAAUAUUUUUGGGUCCAUUCACUUGUACUCAAUUAAAGCAUGCAGUGAAGUUUUUACUACCCAGACAUAGUAAUAAUAUCAAUAACUUUCAUUAAGAUGGGAUUGGAUGACAAUGGGGCAUGGACAUUUUUAGAUACUAACACCCCCGUGGGAAAAUCUUCUGUGCUGUUUUAAUGUACCAAUAAAUUAAUGUUAAGCUAUAAAAUAAUAAUCAAGUAUAAUUUGGAAUAAAUUAUUUUAUUCUUGCAGCAUUUGAGCCAGUGAAUUUCUGUAUUUGUUUGUUGUGGGAAAGCAGAUCUGAGUAUUUUGAAGCUAUUUUGCAUACUGUACAUGUAACUAAAAGAAAGGAUAUGUAAUUUAAAAGUUUUUGUUUUAUGGAGACUUUUAUGAAAGAUAAUAAAAGAAACUGCCAUUUGUUUCAAACUUCUGUAGAUGAAUGUCUAAAUGUUUUAUAAAUACAAUAUAUUUAGAUUUUGUAUGAAACGUGAUAUUAAAUAUUUUGUGUGAUUUCCUUAUUCUAUAAAGUUGUACUGAAGCUGAAUGUAUUGUGACUACUUCAAAGCCAAAACUGAUAAGAAUAACAAAGGUUUCAAUAAAUUAUUAAACUAUGA